AUGGUACAUGUUAUUAAAACUGCUCGUAAAGAUACUAGUAGUAUUGCUACUACUACAACACCUGCUGUUGAUGUUGUCAAUACAGCAGCAGUAGAGUCAACCAGUACUACAACAACACCAACACCACCCAAAACCAACUAUAACAAAAAAGAAGUACCUAUAAACACACUGGCAAAUGGCAAGAUUGUCAAGUAUGCAAAAAGGGAGCCACCAACGACCGAAGCCACGUAUAUUCAUGGUGCCACCAACGAAUACAACUUUGAAAAACUUAACCUAAAACCAAUCGCUUUCCGUUGUGUCAUGUGUAAUCACACAUCUACUCAAAAUUUUGAUUUCCCAACGAUGGGUCCAAAUGAUAGUAAUAAUGUCUUUAGAUUAGAUUAUGAAUUAAUGUUUAUUGAUUUCAUUGGUCUUUUAUAUAAAGUAAUGUCACAAAGAUUGGCAUCACAAAGAGGAGGAGGAAAACCUGCAGCAUCACAAAGAGGGAGAGGUGGUGUAACAUCUACACCACAAAGAGGAGGAGGAGGAAGAGGAAGAAACAUUGUCAUUGAAGACGACGAUGACUCUUCAUCAUCAUCUUAUGAAGAAUCAUCAGAUGAUGAUUAUGAUAGUGAAGAUUCAGAUCAAGAUCAAAAGAAAAGAAAGAGAUCAGCACCUACAAGAGGAGGUAAAACAUCAACAACAUCAACACAAUCAUCAAGAUCAUCACAAGCAAAGAAAAAGGCAAAAUCAGGAUCACAAGCAGAGAUUGCAUCAAAACUUACAGCAGAAGAGAUUGAAAAGUUGAUUGAUGAAUUUGUAAGAUAUGUAUUGUUUUUGGAUAGAAAGAGAACACCAAUCACUCGUGCUGAAAUUGUUUCAAAAGUAUUACCAAACUAUAGAGAUAGAAAUUUAGUUUCUAAAGUUUUUCAAAAUGGAAAAUAUAAAUUAAAAUCAGUAUUUGGAUAUGAAUUAAAAGAAACAAAGAAAGAUAUGGGAGGCGUAAACAAUGAAAAAGAGCCAUCAUUUUUUAUUCUUUGUAAUACAUUGCCAUUGGAUUUAUUGAAUGAAAUCAAAUCAAUUGAUCCAGUGGUAAAUGAAGUGGUUGAAUUGUCAAACAUGGAAAAGAGUCUAUUGAUUAUCGUAUUGGCAGUCAUCCUACUAGAGAAUGGAAAGUUUUUAGAGUCCAACAUUCUAUAUGAAAAAAUUGCUCGUUUGGGAUUCGAAGUUGGUAAACAACAUCCCAUCUUUGGUGAAUGGGAAAAGGUUUUGGAUAAACUAGUCAAAGAGGUUUAUUUGACGAGAAAACAAGAAACCACCAAAGAUGGUGAUAAAAUAGCUGUCUAUCGUUUUGGACCUCGUUCAUCGAUUGAAACAUCAAAAAGAAAAAUAUUACGUGUCAUUUCUGAUGUCUAUGGAAAUGAAGGUGAAAUUGAUCCAAUCUUAUUAAAAUCAAUUGAUCUUGAUGAUGAUGAUGAAAGUGAAAAUGAAAAUCAAAAUAGAAAUAAUAAUAAUAAUCAAAAUAAUAAUAAUAAUAAUAAUAAUAAUAAUAAUAAUAAUAAUAAUAAUAGAAAUAAUCAAAAUAAUAAUGGUACAUCAACAACAAAUAAUAGAAUUCAAACAAGACAACAAACAAGAAAACAAGAAUCAUCAAGUGAAGAAGAUUCAGAUGUAACUGAUGAAUCAUCAAGUGAAGAAGAAUCACAACCAACAACAAGAAGAUCAACUCAAACUAGAGGAGGAAAUUCACAACAACAAUCAUCUCAAUCAUCUCAAUCAUCAAAUAGAGGUAGAAUCCCAGUAAGACAACAACAACAACCAAUAAAUAAAAGAAGAUAA